AUGGCACGCAUUUUCAUUACAGGUUCUUCUGACGGACUGGGCGCUGUCGCUGCCCGCACACUCCUCAAGAACGGCCACCAGGUCGUCAUCCACGCUCGCAAUGCCCAGCGAGCUGAGGAUGCAAAGCUGGCCGUGCCAGGCGCCGAGGCUGUCCUUCUCGGCGACCUCUCCAAGAUCGAAGAGGUGAAGAAACUUGCCAAAGAUGCCAACGAACUGGGAACCUUUGACGUCGUCAUACACAACGCAGGCCUCUACCGCGGGCCCUAUCGCAAGACCGACCUAGGGCUGCCAAGCUUGACCGCAGUCAAUGUUUUUGCGCCAUACAUCCUCACGUCCUUGAUCAACAAACCCAAGAGAGUGGUCUACAUCUCUUCAAGCCUGCACAAGAGCGGCGACACCAGCUUCACCGAUCCGACGUGGCGCGAGCGCGGCGAGGGAGGGUGGAGCGAGAACCAGGCGUACUGCGACUCGAAGUUGCACGUCACCACUUUGGCCAACGCGGUCGCUCGUCUGUGGCCGGAUGUGAAGAGUAAUUCGGUUGAUCCUGGCUGGGUCCCGACGAAGAUGGGCGGUCCCAGCGCGCCUGAAAAGGCAGAGGACGGGGUUGCGAGCUAUAUUCUGUUGGCGGAGGGAACGGGGGCUGGGAACGUUACUGGAAAGUACUUUAAGCCUCCUGGAAAGGAGGAUACUGCCGUGCCAUUUACCAAGGAUGAGCAGAGACAGGACCAGCUGCUGAAGCUGCUUGAGAAGGAAACGGGGAUCAAGCUCCCUGUUGAAUAA